CCGGAUAGGCGCCUAGCCCCAUUGCCCCGAGGUAAAAAAGGCCCUCCUUACGGGAGGACGCCGGCGCGCGGAUUCUGCCGCGGAGGCUGCUGGGAGCGAGCACAGGCUGAGCCCAAGAAAAAAUCUGAGCAACGCACUCAUGAUGAUAAAACCUGCCAAAGUGUAAGCAGAAUAGACAUGUGCUUCCUGCUGCAGAAAGACAAGACUCACUGGCCUGGUGUCUGGUCCUCAAAUGGAGGCAAGAGACCAAGGGCAAGACAUGAAGCUCCCACCUCUGCAUAUGGUACUGGAGAAGCAGAUCCUGGCACUGCAGAAGCAGAUGGCCAAGAACCAGGCUGCUUCCUGGCAAAAGCUGAAGAUCUCCCAAGAGGCCCAGCAGAGGCAAGCAGUACUUGUGAGGAAGCUGCAAGCCAAGGUACUACAGUACCGGAACUGGUGUCAGGAGCUGGAGUCCCGUCUAGAGAACAUAGGGGGCCCUAUUCCAGAGAGGUGGGAAAAUGCUGACGAGCCUAGAUUGGAGCAGCUGCUGAUCCAGCUGGAUGAAGAGCACCAGAGAUCUGAGAGUUUGGUGAAAAUGAACACAAAGCUUCAGCAGCACCUGGAGAACGCAGAUGUGGUGAACAAAGCGCUUCAGGAGGAUAUGGGAAAAUUAACAGUGGAUUGGAGCCAAGCUCAGGAUGAGCUGGCAAGGCGACAGAGUGACUGGCAAAUGGAGAGAAAGUUCUUCAAGGGCUACCUGAAAGGGGAACACGGCCGGCUUCUCAGCCUGUGGCGGGAGGUGGUGACCUUCCGCCGCUACUUCUUGGAAAUGAAGACAGCCACUGACAGGGACUUGGCUGAACUAAAGGCUGAACAUAUGAAGAUGUCAGGUUCCCUGCUAACCAGCUGCCUGCACCUGAGCUUGGAAUUACAAUCCCAAGAGGCUCAAGGGUCAGGGAGACUGGCUGGCGGUGAGUGGGCCCAUCUGCAACUACUAGCCAGAAUCCAGGAGUUGGAGAAGGAAACACAUGAAAGAAACCAAGAACUUAUCCUCCUGAAGGCCAGAGGAAAUGUGGAGAAGACAGAACUUCAGGAUAGGGUGACUGAACUCUCUGCCUUGUUGGCUCAAAGUAAAAAACAAAAUGAGGAACAAGAGAAGAAGAUUUCGGCUCUUAAGGACACCAUGGAUAUCCUGGAGAUAAAUCAUUCAGAAUUAAUAGAACAUGAGGCAUCUCUCACCAAAAAUGCCUGGGAUGAAAAGUUGUCUCUUCAGAAAGUGAUCAAGAAUAUAACUCAGGUAGUGGUAGAUGACAGUGAGAAGCAAGACACUGGAGUGGGGAGCUCCUUGGGGCUGGAGUCCAGUGGCUUCUCCUGCCAUCUUAAUUCCGAAGAACCAGAUAAGGCUGUGACACUAGUGCGCUCCGUUAUGGCCAAGCAGCAGCAAGCAGCCCAGGACCUGAGGCAGCAGCUUUCUACCUGUCAAGAGGCUGUGAGCUUCUGGCAGCAAGAGUAUUCCCAGUGGGAGGAGGAAAGGGAGUCCCUGAGGCAGCGACUGCAGAAGCUCAGUGGAGAACGGGAUGACCUGGCAGGACAGACCAAGGACCUCCAGGGGGCAGUGGACUCUGUCAAUAGGGAUCGAGAGCACCUGGAAAAGGUUAGGGAAGAGCUCCAACAGCGGCUGGAGGUUCUGGAACAGGAAGCCUGCCGUCUCCGCAGGUUCAACACAGAGCUUCAGUUGCAGGGGGACUUGGCUCAAGAUAAAAAGGUAGAGCAGGAGGAGCAGCUGCAGCAGGCUGUUCGGGAGAGGGAUUGCCUUCAGGAGACUUUGAAGGGCCUGGAAGCCAAACAGUCAACAUCACUGAGUGAAAUGAUUACCCUGAAGGAGGCAUUAGAGAAAAGUCAUCUAGAGAAGGAGCUGCUGACUCAAGAGAGAACAGAAAUGGCAAGAGCCCUGGCCAAGGCAGAACAGUCAAUUGCUGAGCUAACAGUUACAGAAAGCACCCUCAAGGCCGAAGUAGCUGAUCUUCAGGAUACAGCAGUCAAGUUGAGUGCACUGAAUGAAGCCUUGACCUUAGAUAAAGUGGGAUUAAACCAACAGCUUUUACAGUUAGAGCAGGAAAACCGGUCUAUCCUUGAUCAAGUAGAAGCGGCAAAGAAGGCCAACAGUGCUGUGCAGAUAGAGCUGGAGAAAUCUGAAAGGAGAAAGGAGGCCCUUUGGGCAGAUAAGACUCAUCUUAAAAUGCAGCUACAGAGAGCUAAGGGUGCUGAGGCAAAGCUGCAGAGGGAUCUAAGCAGGAUGAGAGAAGAGAAGACGGAAACCAAGGAGGAAUUGGAUGAGGCACAACGCCAAUUGGAGGUGGCCACUGCAGAGCUGGAGCAGCUACACCAAGAGAAAACCCGGCAAGGGCUUCUGCUGGAGAGGUUGAGCCAGGAGAAGGAGGCCUUGGUUCGGGACAAAGCUGCCCUGGAGGUGCAUUUGAAAGCCUUGGAGCGGGAUCGAGAAGGGCUUUCUGAGCAGCUACUGGAACUCAGUUCAGCCAAAGAACUGUUAGAAAACAACCUGUUUGAGGCUCAACAGCAGAGCUCUCUGAUGGAAGUUACCAAGGAGCAACUGGUGAUGCAGAUUCAAACAAUCACACAAGCCAAGGAGGUGAUCCAAGGGGAAGUGAAGUGCCUUCAGAUGGACCUGGAAGCAGAGCGACAGCAGGCAGAACAGGAGCGGGAUAUGGUGGCCAAACGUCAGGACCAGAUAGAAGAGGAGGGUCGGGCAGCUCUGCAGCGACAACAAGCUGCCCAUGAAGAAGAACUGCGCCUGAUAGAGGAGAAGAGGGUGAUGGAUCACACUAAGUACAGGCAGGAAUUGGAGGCCAUAUUAGAACAAAUGGAAAAGGAGAAAUUGGACCUCGAGGAGACUUGUGCAAAGGAGAUAAGAGAGCUGCAGGAGGAGUCCAAAGCUACCCAGGCACAGAGGAUAGAGGAUCAUGCUGUGGCUGAGAGUAAUACAUGUCAGAUGCAACUAGAGAUAGAAAAGGAAAGGAUGUUACUAGAGACACUCUUGAUGACCCAGAGUGAAUUAGCUGAUGCUUGUCAGCAACUGGAGCAGCUAAGACUGGACAUGAAGGUCCAGAACUUAAAGGAACAGGAGAAUAUGGAGAGCCUUUGGGCCCAGUUGCAGGAGGCUCAAACGGCUCUGAAGGAGACAAGAAGAAAGAACCAGGAUGACCUUGCCGCCCUUCAGGAAGAGACAAGCAUCCUGUUGCAGCAAAGAGAGAACUUACAGAAACAGGUGCAAGAUUUGAAGUCCCAACUAGUCACAAGUGAAGACUCACACAGGCUUGCAGAACAUGAGGCUCAACAUCAGCUACAAGAGGCCCAAGAGAGUGCUCGCAUACUGGAGCAGGAAAAAGCCAGCCUGGUUCAGUCACUGGCAGAAAAGGAAGAAAUACUCUUCAUCUUACAAGAAGCUGAUUCAGUCCAAAAGCAAGAGCUAAACUCCCUACACCAGAAUGUGAAGGAAGCUCAGGGAGAACAGGAGCAGCUAAGUAUCCAGAUACAGUUUCUGAAGGAAGAAGUGCAAAAAAAGGAAGCUUCUCUUCUGGAUCAAGAAAAACUGUUGGAAGCAUCACAGAAGACAGAGCAGCAGUUGAGGGCCUCACUGUCUACACAGGAGGCCAAGGCAGCCCAGCUGCAGCUAGGGCUGGACAAUAUGGAAAGCCAAGUAGAGGCAUUGGUUUUAGAGCAGCAGCGUGGACAUCAGGCACAGGCACAGCUAGCCAGUUUCUACUCCAUCCUACAGCAAACCUUUCCAACUGCUCUUGAGAGCAAACUAGAGCCAAGUGGUGCUGGAGACGCCUCUCCCCUUCCCUGGAACCCCAACAUCAUGGGGCCAGAACAAGAGAAUGCAGAAAAUUUUUUCACUAAUGAGGAUGUAGCAUCUGCCCUUCACAAGCUCCAGCAAGACUUCUGGAAGGCUCAUCAUGCUCAGAAUGAUAUGAAGUGUCAGAUCAAAAAGCUGGAACAGCAUCUCUCCCAAGCUGAGACUGAACGAAACCAAUUUUCUGCUGAAGUUGAGGAGCUUAAGAGACUGCUCUCCCAGAAUCAGGAAGAGAAAUUGAAAUGGGAGGGGGAGCAGACCUCCUUGAAGAUAGAGUUGACAGCACUUCAAGAAAGAGUGGUCUCCCUACAGAGCAGCCUGGAGAGUGCUGAGCAACAGAGAGCAGAAGCACAGAAUGAACGUGAAGUGUUGUGGGCAGCCAAGGAAAAUUUGAUAUCAGAGAUGGAACAUCUUCAAGCAUCAAGGGCAGCCACUAUGACACAAGCUAGUGUCAUGGAAGCCCUUGAAGAAGAACUGAGAGCAACACGCUCAACCCUGAAACAGAAGAAUGCGGAAGCAGAGAGGGAACGGGAGAGAGCAGAGGCCUUGACGGAGGAGCAGAAGAUGGUGCAGGAAAAUCUGGAUCUCCUGACUAGUUGCUUAUCUAAGAGAGAGAAAGAGCUAGAAGCCUUGCAGGGAACAAUUCAAGAACUGGAAGAGCAGAGAGAAGCACAAAAAGUUACUCAAGAACAUUUGUCUCUCAAUCUAGAGAAGAGAAGGCAAGCACUGGAAUCUCAGAGAGAACAGAUCCAAGAGCUGGAGAAACAGAAAGCUGUUCUGGAACAUCUGCCUGUGGCCAUGGAGGAGAAAGAGAGGCAGGUAAGAUCACUAAGAGAACAGAUUGAAGAGUUUGAGAAGAAGCAAGAAACUCAGGGAAAUAUCCUGGAACUUCAGGUUCUGGAUUUACAAAAGAAAACACAAGUAAUAGAAUCCCAGAGAGAUCAGAUUCAAGAUCUGGAAAACCAGUUGGUCACUUUAGAACAUCUCACUUUAGAAGUAAAAGAAAAUCAUCAAGAAAUAGAAUCCCAGAAAAAAAAGAUUGAGGAUCUAGAGUACCAAAGAGAAAUGCAGAGGACCACUCUGACUCACUUAACUUUGGAUUUGGAGGAGAGGAGUCAAGAAAUAUUGUCACAGAAUAAACGGAUUAAAGAAUUAGAAAACCACAGAGCUCUGCUAACAGAAGAUCUUGAGGAGAGGAGCCAGAAGAUGAAAUCUCACAAGGACCAAAUAGAGGAGCUCCAGAAACAAAAGGAUCAACUUAUUUGGGACCUAGAGAAGAGAGGCCAGGAACUGGUAUUACGAGAAGAGAAAAUUCUGGUUCUAGAAGAACAAAUAACGUUGCAGCACAAAUUUUUAAAGGAAGAUCUUGAACAGAUGAAAUUGGCCUUAAAGGAAAAAGACAGGGAAAUUGAGUCUCAGAGACAACUCAUGAUAGAGUGGGAAGAGGAGGAAAAGGGACAAGCCAAGGCCCAGCGCAGCAGCCUGGAACACAUGAAACUGAUCCUGAGGGACAAGGAGAAGCAGGCUGAGUACCAAAGGGAGAGGAUCCAGGUGUUAGAACAGUAUGGGAAACAGCGUGAAGAGCAAUUGUGGGGCCUUCAGAGAGAGAUUGGGGAGAUGACACUGCUCUUAACCCAGAAAGAGCAAGAGUUGGAGACUCACCAACAGCAUAUUGAGAAAGCCCGGGAAAGAGGGGAGUCCCGGGAAAGGGUUCUGCAGGACCAGUUGGAGAAAGUGCAGGAGGCCCUGCAGGCAAGGGAGCGAGACUUGGAAUCCCUUCAGCAGAAGGCACAGGAACAGCAGGAGAGCCAGGAAGAGCGGAUGAGCAUUCUGCAAGCAUCCCUGGAGCAGGCCAGGGUAGCCCUGAAAGAGAGUGAACAGGUAGUUGAGACCCACAAGGAACAGAACUGGAAGGUACAGCAACAACAGACAGCUGCAGAGCUACAGGUCCGAGUUUUGGAAGAGCUGCUGGGAGAUCUCAGGGCUGAGUUUCAGGAACAAGAGAAGGUUCUAGAGGUCCUGCAACAGCAGUGUAUGGAGAAGGGACACGAUCAGGAGACAGAGGCCAGGCACCAGCAGGCAGAGGCCAGGCAGUGGGAAGAGGCUGCAGCAGGCCAAGUGCAGGCCCUUCAGGAGGCCCUCAGAGCUGCGCAGGCUUCCCUUCAGGAGAAAGACCAGGAGCUCCUUCAGCGGGCAGAACUGAGCCAGCGCCUGGAAGUCAGUGCAGCUACUCUGCAGGCAGCCCUAGAUGCUUGUCAGUUGCAGGCCCGGCACCUGGAGGAGGCCCUGAGGGAGCGUGAGAGGGAGAUCAGGGAGCAGCAUCUGCAGCACCAAGAGAUGGUCCAGCAUCUGCAGCUGGCCCUGGCUCAGAGGGACCGGGAGCUGAGGCACCUCAAGGAACAGGGGCAGCAACAAGAGGCAGCCUCCAGCCAGCUCGACAGAGCAGGGGAAGAAAAGGAAGAAAGCAAAGUCCUGAGAGACAGUUUCAGGCAUCUCCAGCUGUCCCUCUCCAGGGCUGACAGAGAGAUCCUGCAGCUGCAGAAGGGCCCCCAAAGACAAGGCCAGGAAUUUUACCAUGAUAGCCUCAGCCCAGAGAAAAAGGAGGAAGACGAGGAAGCCUGUGGGACCGAGAUGAUGAAAAUGUCCCUGCGUGAGUUAUCGCCUGUGUCCUUGGAGGAGACCAAGCUCCAGGAAGAGCUUAACCGGGUAAAGAAUGCUCUAAGGCAGACAGAGGCCCGGGAAAUUGAGUGGCGAGAGAAGGCUCAAGCCUUGGCACGUUCUCUGGCUGAAAGUGAGGCCAGCAUCUGUAACCUGCGGGAGGCAGCCCUGUUCUUACAGGCCAAAGCAGCGGAGCAAAACACAGAACAGCGGCAGCGCCAGGAGCAGUUGGAGCUCACAAAACAAGCUCUUGAGGAGGAGCAGUCCCAGAGCCAGGGCUCUGCCCUGAAGGCAGAGCCAAAACUCCAGGGAAACCAGGAUGCAACCCGAGCACAGUCCACAGGACUAGAUGAUGAUGGGUCUUGCACAGAGCUUGAGAAGGCACAGCGAUGGCAGCAAAGAUUAAAGUACCUUCUGCACGCUAUGGCGAGUCUGGAGCAUGAGAGGAACCGACUUCAGCAACACAACUUCCAAUUAAGGAUCACUCUAGAGCAUGUAGAGCGGGAGCGGAAAAAACUAAAGAAGGAUUUUAGCCGCAUGGCCUGUGCUGCAAGUCCCCUCCUCAGCAAGACCACAGCCCCCACACCAGCCCCACAGGAAGAAAAAGGGGAACCAGAGACUCCUGCAAAACUUGUGGCUGAGUUACAGAAGCAGGUGGCUGUCCUUCAGGCACAGCUCGCUUUGGAGCGGCAGCAGAAGCAGGACUACAUCUCCCGCUGUGUGCAGACAAAUCGAGAGCUGACAGACCUACACCACAGUCUUUCCCACUCACUGUGGGCUGUAGCUCAAGCCCCUGAAGCCAACGUCCUGGAGGCAGAGGCUCAGAAGCUCGAUAAAUCACUGACCCACAGCCUGACAUCUCCUAGGCCAUCCCCUCUAUGUCGCACUCCCAGAUUAGCCCAGGCUACCCUCCGGUAGUUGAUGAUGUAUAGUGGGGAAAGGACUUGAGAAAAGCUUGAAAGCUUGAAGCCUUGAUCAACAUAGCUUUAAAAAGCUCAGGCCCUUCCCUGCAGUUGUUUCUCCAAAGGUGAAAACUCCUAUAUCUCUUUUCUAAAGAAAAGAUUAGAGCCAGUUUCUCUGUUCCAGAAUACAGGACAGUUCUGCUGACAGGAUAGCCCUUCCCCUGAUGCCCUCCCUCAUCGGUAUCUCUUCUCACAGAGAGGUCAACCCUGAAUGAGAUGCAUUCCUCAGGCUUCUGGUGUUGACCUAUAUUUAUUGAAUCCAUCUAUUCUACUUAGCCCCUUAAAAUAAAAUAUUUUCUAUUUUC